AAUGGGUGCUUCCAGAAACCCCCACCGAGGUAUAAAAAGAAACCGACGUGUCGUGGGAGUCUGCAUCGUGUCCAAAGACACUCAUCGGAAGGAGCAGCAGCUCAAAACUGAGAUUCAGAACUUCUCACAAAGGAAUCCAACGUAGAUUUCAGAUUCAAGAUGCCCGAGAACGCCGCACGUGCCAUGGAGGAAGAUAUGGAGACCUUUGCCUUCCAGGCUGAGAUUGCGCAACUCAUGUCGCUGAUCAUCAACACCUUCUAUUCCAAUAAGGAGAUCUUCCUCAGAGAGCUCAUCUCAAAUUCUUCUGAUGCUUUGGAUAAAAUCCGCUAUGAGAGCUUGACCGACCCCAGCAGACUGGAAUCCUGCAAGGACCUGAAGAUCGAAAUCAGACCUGACCUGCACGCUCGCACCCUCACCCUGGUCGACACGGGAAUCGGCAUGACCAAGGCCGACCUGAUCAACAACCUGGGCACCAUCGCCAAGUCUGGAACCAAAGCGUUCAUGGAAGCCCUCCAGGCCGGAGCUGAUAUCUCCAUGAUCGGUCAGUUCGGCGUGGGCUUCUACUCGGCCUACCUGGUUGCCGACAAGGUGACGGUCAUCACCAAGCACAACGAUGACGAGCAGUACGUGUGGGAGUCCGCCGCCGGGGGCUCCUUCACCGUCCGUCCUGACACUGGAGAGUCCAUUGGCAGAGGCACAAAAGUAAUCCUGCACCUCAAAGAAGAUCAGACGGAAUACUGCGAGGAGAAACGCAUCAAGGAAGUGGUCAAGAAGCACUCUCAGUUCAUCGGAUACCCCAUCACGCUUUACGUGGAGAAGACAAGAGAGAAGGAGGUGGACCUCGACCCGGGAGAGAAGGAGGAGGAUGCUGAGAAAGACGCUGCGGAGAACAAGGAUAAACCGCAGAUCGAAGAUGUCGGGUCCGAUGAGGACGAGGACACCAAGGAGAACAAGAACAAGAGGAAGAAGAAGGUCAAGGAAAAGUACAUGGACCAGGAGGAGCUGAACAAGACUAAGCCCAUCUGGACGCGCAAUCCUGAUGAUAUCACCAACGAAGAGUACGGCGAGUUCUACAAGAGUCUGUCCAACGACUGGGAGGACCACCUGGCCGUCAAGCAUUUCUCCGUGGAAGGCCAGUUGGAGUUCCGAGCGCUGCUCUUCGUACCCAGAAGGGCUGCCUUCGACCUCUUUGAGAACAAGAAGAAGAGGAACAACAUCAAGCUGUAUGUGCGCAGGGUCUUCAUCAUGGACAACUGUGAAGAUCUGAUUCCAGAGUAUCUCAACUUCAUCAAGGGUGUGGUGGACUCUGAAGAUCUGCCUCUGAACAUCUCCAGAGAGAUGCUGCAGCAGAGCAAGAUCCUCAAGGUUAUCCGCAAGAACCUGGUCAAGAAGUGCUUGGAACUGUUCACGGAGCUUUCCGAAGACAAGGACAAUUACAAGAAGUGCUAUGAGCAGUUCUCAAAGAACAUCAAGCUCGGCAUCCACGAGGAUUCCCAAAACAGGAAGAAACUGUCCGAGAUGCUUCGAUACUACACUUCCGCUUCUGGAGAUGAGAUGGUUUCUCUGAAGGACUACGUUGCAAGGAUGAAGGACAACCAAAAAUUCAUCUACUACAUUACAGGCGAGACCAAAGACCAGGUGGCCAACUCGGCCUUUGUGGAGCGCCUCCGCAAAGCCGGCUUGGAGGUCAUCUACAUGAUCGAGCCCAUCGACGAAUACUGCGUCCAGCAGCUGAAGGAGUUUGAUGGCAAAAAUCUGGUCUCGGUCACCAAGGAAGGCCUUGAGUUACCCGAGGAUGAGGAUGACAAGAAGAAGCAGGAGGAACUGAAGACUAAGUUUGAGAACCUUUGUAAGAUCAUGAAGGACAUUCUUGACAAGAAGAUUGAAAAGGUGACCGUCUCCAACCGCCUGGUCUCGUCACCCUGCUGCAUUGUCACCAGCACGUACGGCUGGACGGCCAACAUGGAGAGAAUCAUGAAGUCGCAAGCCCUGAGGGACAACACCACCAUGGGCUACAUGACAGCCAAGAAGCACUUGGAGAUCAACCCACUGCAUCCUAUUGUGGAGACCUUGCGGGUGAAGGCAGAGGCGGACAAGAAUGACAAGGCGGUGAAGGACCUGGUCAUCCUCCUGUUCGAGACGGCACUGCUAUCUUCGGGAUUCGCGCUUGAGGAACCCCAGACGCACGCCAACCGCAUCUACAGGAUGAUCAAGCUGGGUCUGGGCAUCGAUGAAGACGACUCUGCAGUUGAGGACCUCGUUCAGCCUACUGAAGAAGACAUGCCAGUUCUGGAGGGCGAUGACGACACAUCAAGAAUGGAGGAAGUGGACUAAACUAUCGCCUGCUUUCAUAGUACUUUUUUGUAACUUAUUUAAGUAAUUUGUUUCCAAACAACAAAUAUUUAGAACCAUAGCUGAUUAUGGGAAACCUGCACAAAAGAAAUCUUCAUUUGGUUGAUGCCCUCACACUGGAAAUAUAUAUGUAGCUUAUGUCUUUUUGUAAAGUUUUUUUUAAUGAAAGCUUUCAAAUUUGUAAUAAAAUAAACGGAGGAAUAUAACGAA